UUCCAACCCCAGUGUGGAACUUCUAAACAUCUUUUAUUAGUGGACACAUUAUUUCCUGCGAAAUGAAGUCAGCAUCUUUUAACCAGCGUUCGCAUGGUUCUGAUUCAUGUGCUCCGGUUCAUGAAGCUUGAGAUCUAAGGAGUCCAGGGUCUUCUGCGAUGACAAUAUGACUAAUAGUAAAGGAAGAUCUGUUACUAAUAAAACAAGUGGUGGUCCUAGGAGCGGAGGAGGUUUUGUAGACUGGACUUUAAGCUUAAAUACAAUUCAAUCUGAUAAGUUUUUAAACUUAUUAUUGAGUAUGGUUCCAGUAAUUUACCAGAAAAACCAAGAAGACAGGCACAAAAAAGCAAACGGCAUCUGGCAAGAUGGAUUAUCAGCUGCAGCACAGACUUUUAGUACUAGAUCUGAGCAACACAUGGAGUAUCACAGUUUCUCAGAGCCGUCUUUCCAUGGCAAUAGUGGGCACGCCCCAUCAGGUUGUAGCCAAAGGUAUGACGACUAUGCCAACUACAAUUACUGUGAUGGAAGGGAGACUUCAGAAACCACUGCCAUGUUACAGGAUGAAGAUAUAUCUAGUGAUGGUGAUGAAGAUGCCACUGUGGAGGCAAACCACAAAUUACCGAAGGAAUCCAGCGGUGUCAUGGCAUUGCAAAUACUUGUGCCGUUUUUGCUAGCUGGUUUUGGAACAGUUUCAGCUGGCAUGGUUUUGGAUGUAGUCCAGCACUGGGAGGUGUUCAAAAAAGUAACUGAAGUUUUCAUUUUAGUUCCUGCACUUCUUGGUCUCAAAGGGAACUUGGAAAUGACGUUGGCAUCUAGAUUAUCCACUGCAGUAAAUAUUGGGAAGAUGGACUCACCCAUUGAAAAGUGGAACCUAAUAAUUGGCAACUUGGCUUUAAAACAGGUUCAAGCAACCGUUGUUGGUUUUCUAGCAGCUGUGGCAGCCAUUAUACUGGGCUGGAUCCCGGAGGGAAAAUACUACCUUAAUCAUUCCAUCCUUUUGUGCUCCAGCAGCGUAGCAACUGCCUUCAUUGCAUCUCUUCUGCAGGGAAUAAUAAUGGUUGGAGUUAUCGUUGGUUCAAAGAAGACUGGCAUAAAUCCCGAUAAUGUUGCUACACCCAUUGCUGCUAGUUUUGGUGACCUUAUAACUCUUGCCAUAUUAGCUUGGAUAAGUCAGGGUUUGUACGCCUGUCUUGAGACCUAUUACUACAUUUCUCCAUUAGUCGGUGUCUUUUUCUUGGCUCUAACUCCUAUCUGGAUUAUAGUAGCUGCCAAACAUCCAGCCACGAGGACAGUUCUCCACUCAGGCUGGGAACCUGUCAUAACGGCUAUGGUUAUAAGUAGCAUUGGAGGCCUUAUUCUGGACACAACUGUAUCUGAUCCAAACUUGGUCGGAAUUGUCGUUUACACACCAGUUAUUAACGGUAUUGGUGGUAAUUUGGUGGCCAUUCAGGCUAGCAGGAUUUCUACCUACCUCCAUUUACAUAGCAUUCCAGGAGAAUUACCUGAGGAACCUAAAACUUGUUACUACCCAUUUCGAACUUUUUUUGGUCCAGGAGUAAAUAAUAAGUCUGCUCAAGUUCUACUGCUUUUAGUGAUUCCUGGACAUUUAAUUUUCCUCUACACUAUUCAUUUGAUGAAAAGCGGUCAUACAUCUCUAACUGUAAUCUUCAUAGUAGUUUACUUAUUUGCUGCUGUGUUACAGGUAUUUACCUUGCUGUGGAUCGCUGACUGGAUGGUCCAUCACUUCUGGAGGAAAGGAAAGGACCCCGACAGUUUCUCCAUCCCCUACCUAACAGCACUGGGCGAUCUGCUCGGGACAGCGUUGUUAGCGCUAAGUUUUCAUUUUCUUUGGCUUAUCGGAGAUCGAGAUGGAGAUGUUGGAGACUAAUAAAUGCUUCCAGCUGCUCUCAAGUUACCAAGGAGGAAAACACAAGACAACCACUUCUGGCUUUUUCUCAAAAAUCUGAAAUCACUAGUUUGACUUCUGCCAGGGUAAUCUUCGGCUGGCCCUGAUUCAAUUAAAUGGCCUUAACAUUUUUUAAGAGUUUGUGUUGAAACCAGAAUGAACAGUAUUUAUGCUGCUUUUCGUAGAGAAAAAAAUGGUAAUUUGACAUAGACAUAGAUAGAAGCUCAAGCUCAGAAACUAAUUAAGUAGGAAAGAAUAUAGGAUGUUUACAAAGAAUAAUUUUAAAACCACAGACCCAGCAGAAAUGUACUUUAUUAUGGUUUAACUUAUAAUGCCAGGUUAGAGGAAACAAUUCUAGUUUAGCCUUUCUCAUCUCACAGAUGUGCUGUACCACAAGGCAUACUGUACAACGAAACGGGCCCAACAAAGCUUUUAAUAGUUUUAAUUAUGCCUACCUCUCUGACAGCUGAGGAUAAGUUUGCCCAUUACGUGCUCCUAACCUGACCUAAAAAAAUGCUGCUGAGCAUAAGAUAAAUUCACUUUUACCUGCGUCUAUGAAUGUCCCUGUGCCAAUGCCAAUUUAAUUUCAACUCUGCCGAUUUUUGGCAGGCUGCCUUUUAAACAGAAUGACCUUGAGAGAUCUUUAAUGAAAGCAAUGGGUCAUUUUGGAUCGUUGAUUUCUUGAAAGAAUGUUGAUCUUUUUCAAAGACUUAAUAGUCAAAAACAGAAGAGCUGCAUUUGUGGAAACAAGAUGGUAUGAGAAGUGUGUGUGUGUGUGUGUGAGAGAGAGAGACAGACAGAUACAGAGAAGCUUUUGAUGGAGAACUGAGUCUUGGCCAAUUGGUAGCAAAGAAAUUAGUGCUAUUAGAAUAUUAGUAUUAUAUAGUUAUUCUUAAACACAUUUUAUUGAUUUGUUUCUAUAUCAUGUGGUCCAAAAAUUUUGCUACUGUCCAUAACUUAGUAUUUCUUACCUGCAUUAUAAUUAAUAGUUUCUUCUUAUUUAAAAAACGGUACCAUUUAUUCUAACUGAGAUAUUAUUAGAUUUAGAAUGAGCAAGUGGUUCAUUUGCUCUACUAAAAGGUGUAUUGAGACUUUUGGCUUACCAUUUUAAAAGAGAAGUUGGUGGGUUACUCUAGUAUCAUUCAUGCCUGUGUAUAUCACCUGUUCACACAGGCUGUCUCUCACAUCUUUUUAUAAAACUCUGAUCGGUAUUCCAAACACUUGACCAACAUCUUAGUUCUUCAAUAGGUAAGCGUUUUUAUAUCACAUAUAGUUCAUUUUUUAAAAAAUGCAGUGGAAUCUCUUAAGACCAUCCAAUAUUUCAUAAUUUAGCUGAUAGAGGAAGAAAACAUGUACAUUAACUUUGAUCAUCAUGAUUUAAGUUGUGAGCUAGUGUUAACAUUAUAUAAAUAGUAGGUUGUUUAUAAACAUGGGAGGGGAGUGUUCCUAUUAAGCUCUUUAAAAUAAGGGGACUGUGGUUUAGAGAUAUAUUUUUGCUUAUUUUAAAACUUUAAUUAUUCCAUUCUUCUGCCUUAUAAUGAAGCUUCUAAGGCAGAGACCUGAACUAAUUAUAGACUUUCUCCUUUGGAGAGUUAUAAUGUCACAUAGUGAACAUUCUUAUAUUAAAAAAAAUGAUUAAGUUAAGUAGAUGAAUAUUUAUCUGCAAAGAUUUUUUUUUAAUUUAAACAAAUCCGUAAAUAAUUUAUUUGAUUUUAUUGUAAAGCAUUUAUAAAUUACUUGUUUAUAUCUGGGCUAUAUGAUUCAUAAGCAUUUAUAUUUCCCAGUGAUUUCUGUUUUGAUUUUUUAAAAUAAAGUAGUACACAGCUAACCACAUUUCUAAAGCAUUUAUCAAUAACUUUUAGUGCAUUACUUAUUCUAAAGCGCAUUCAAAAACAUUGUAUUAUUUAGUACUCACAACAGUACCUGUGAAAUAGAUUAGGUAAAUAUUCUUAUCUCUGUUUUACAACAGAAGAAACUGAAACUAGAGAAGUUAAAUUUCUAAGAUUGCACAGCUGCAAAAUGACCGAAUUCUAACUGAAGUCCAUUCCAGGUUUCCGCUGUCCUAAGCCAGAACUUUCUAUGACCCUCCACAUACACCAGGAGCACUUGACUCAUUAACUGAGAGGAGAGCAACUGGAGAAACAGGAUUUUCUAAAGUCAAAUAGGGUACUGCUACGUCUUUUAGAUUUCAGACAAGGGAACUUCCAUUUAAUGUAUCUUAAUAGUAGGGAUAGCCAACUCUAAAUGAUUCAUGUUCCUAAGACCAAGGAAAACACAGAUAAAUGAAAACACAGAUAAAUGUUCUUUAUUAGAAUAAAGAACAAUACCUUAUUUCAUAGAACGUUUAAUUGCUACCACCCUUCCCAGAUCUAGCCAUUUUCCAUAGAUACUGAUCAAUAACUAGGAUAACUGAUUUGGGUCGUCUCCUUUCUCUUUUGCUACCCAAUCUUGGUUACAGCAACAAAGUGUCUAAAAGGCAUGGAAUAGGAAAAUAAAAAUAAAGACAUGGAAAAAUCAGUCACUGUUAGAUGAAUUGAUUUAUAAAAGGAGUAUAGAUUUCUUUACAAAUUUUUACUGUUUUUUUUUUUGAAAUCCUUUACAUAAGUAUGCAACUGAUAAGAUGACUUAUUUACCUACAAAAAACAUUUAUUAUCCAUCUUACAUAAUAUAAAUUCACAGUAUUUUUAUACAAUGUAAAAACUUCUGCUUUCCAAACUUCUUCCUUUCAUUAGUCUAUCAGACACUUUAUUUAUGCAGAGAUAAUUUUUUUGAAAACGUUUUUCGUUCUUGUUCAGCAACCAUAUUUUUUCCUUAAAAAAAAAAGUUUCUUAGAACGUGAUAAAACAGAAACUUAGGGCGAAGAAUCUUCUAGAAGACAUCAAAAAUUCCACAUCAUAGACUAUCAGUGAUGUAGCCAAAUGAAGUAUGUUUUUAAAAGUCUUUCAGUAAUUGGGUUUCCUUGCCUUAUAAUAUGUCUGUGGUGUAAUAUAUCCAUUUAUAAUGGGCAUCUUGGAUCUUUGAAUUGUUGUAAACUCAAAUAAGAAUAAAAUUUAAGAAAUAUUUACCCA